AUGGCCCUGACAGAGCCAGAACACUAUAGCGACAAGCCUCAUGUUCUUCUAAUGAAGGGCUGGUGGGAACAGCUGAUGCAUCUGCCAAAUGACUUAAACGAGAUGGGCGUUGUACUGUCCAGAGUGAAUAACAGUUGUAGAGCGGCCUCCAGAGAGCCUGUCAACACAUUCCAAACAGUGAGCAGCAUCUCUGACAGAGAAGUCAACAGUACAGACAGUGACCAUUCCUCCAUCAUACCUAACCGGAACAAAGCAGUGUGUGAGCCAGAGGAGGUGCUAGUUCCCUCUCUUCCAGAAACAGCUUGUGUAGAACGAGGCUAUAUCACCUCACAGCAAGUGUACAACCUGCUGAACGCAGAGGAAGGCCAGCCCGCCUUGUAUGAUCCAUACUAUAUUCUCAUCCUGGACUGUCGCAGCGCAGAGAGGUACAAGGACAGCCACGUGGUGACAGCACGGGCCGCUGUGACAGUGAUCCACCCUCAGCUGGGGUGUCUAAUCAGCUGUAUAGAGCUGCAGAAGUAUUCUAUAAUACUGCUGUAUGCAGAGGAAGGAUGCAGCCCAGUGGGCAGUGUGAAGGCCAGGGCAGACUCCCCAGACCUCCAGCGCUGUUUCUUCCAGCUCAGCGCUCUGGGAAUGGACCCUGUCAUCCUGCUGGGGGGGUUCUCAGCUUUCCAUGCACUCUAUCCUUUCCUGUGCACACCACGCAUGGUCCUGCUUGAACCUGAGCGGCACACCCUCACCAUCUACCCCUCCGAGAUCCUGGAGGGAUCUCUCUACCAGGGCUCUGCCUCCCAGGCCUCUGACUACCGCAUCAUCAAGAAUCUCCACAUCACACACGUGGUCAACGCCACUGCCAACUGCCCUGACGCUUUCCCCAACACGCUGUGCUACCUGCGGCUGCGCCUGAGCGAUGACGCCCAGCAGGACCUGGUGGAGGCACUGCCGCUGGCAUCCAGGUUCAUCAACACCGCUCUGAAGGCUGAGCCAGCUGGUCGCGUUCUGGUCCACUGUAGUAUGGGCAGGAGUCGCAGCUCAGCACUCACGCUGGCCUUCCUCAUGGAGCACCGGCGCUGGUCACUGCUUCAUGCCCUGCGCUGGCUGAAGGAGAGGAGGGCAUGCACGGCACCCAACGUGAACUUCCUGCGUCAGCUGCUGACCUAUGAGGAGCAGCUGUUUGGGAGCAGACUCACCUCGCUGGACGACAUCCGCCGAUGA